AUGUCUUCUGCCACACAGUCUUCACCCGCUUGUCCGGAUCCACCACCAACCAAUCAUACCUAUUCUAAAGCUUUACACGCACAGUUGGAGUUCUAUUACGAUUAUACAGCAUGGCUUAUGCGUUUUGUUAUUGAGAGAGUUGACGAUGAUACCAUAUAUAGAGUGAGCUUAAUGAUUAGAGAUCCCAGACAAACGAGUAUCUAUCUGUUGCAAGAUGUGUUCAAGAAUGGUUACAUUCUCUUCGUAGUAAUAGCCAGUAUCGUAAUUUCUUUCAUACUGUUGACAUCGUGUCUACUGGCCAUGACUUGCGGCAAGCGCAGAAAGAGGAUGCCCACAAAACGGAAAAUUGGAACAGCAAUGGUCUCGUUUGUAUUCUGUUUUGCAAUGGCUGCAGCAGGAACUUAUCUAAUCACGGAUAGUGUCCAGCAUAUACAAAAUGCGCUCUACUACCUACCUAAGCAAGUGAAUAAGUCUAUGAAAGAUAUUGGAAAUUUUGUUGCUGGUUUCGUCGCGAAUCUCCAUUGCAAUUUCAAUGAAAGCGAAAAGUCUUUUCGAAACGAUAUCGAUGCAUUCAUAUUGAAUACAGGAGGAUUACUGCGUAGUCUUCGACCCAGAAUCAAUCCGCUACCUAUAAGAGAGGCUUUGGAAGGACAGCAGCAAUGUCGAGUCAGUCUAGAGCAGAUGAAAAACUUGUCGAGAAAUCUAUUGACUAAUGUUGCAACACCAUUGACUAAUGUUGCGAGCGCAACAGAACAACUGCUGAACCUCUCAACUACCCAGAUGAAGGACCAGGAAGAAGCAGUCCUUGGCGAGCUACUCAAAUACAGAAGUGUAUUAGAUCAGUUAGUAAACGGUGUUGUUUCACAAUCAAAAGUUGUUCAAAGGACACUGCACGAAGUUAUUCAGGAACAUGACUAUGUGCAACAUUCAUACCAAUACCUUUCUUAUGUCAUUUUGCUACCACUCACUCUCGUUAUACUGUGCUGGUUCGGAUUCGUACUUUUAGUAUUUCGGUGUUGCGCUAAUAUUGGCAGCGAAGAGCAAGAUGAGCAGUUCCCUAUACGAAACAAGAUAUCGGAUUUCGGUGGGAGAGUCUUGGGUAUUGGAGGAUAUGUCGCUUUAUUUGUCACUUCGCUCUUGUUCUUGAUGGUCGCACUAUGUUUCGUUAUCGCUUUUAUCUCAAUGUUUUUGUGUAUGGGAUUGUUCGAAGACCAAGAUCUGCGAUUAUUGUAUGUCCUGCCCCAGGCAACGUUCAGAGUUCCCAUCAACCAACAAGUCAUUUCUGUGAAUUUAUUCGACACGUUCUACAAAUGCAAAAAUGGCUUCUCAUUUUUCGAUGCCAUUGAAGGUGACAAGAUUAUGGCUCAAUCAGCUAUGGAAAAAACGCUUUCAAAAUUUCGGAAGCACAGUUUUCGAAGGAAAUUGCGAAAUUUUCGCAUAAGCGAUGAAGUAGUGGAAAAUGUCAACGGUACCCUCUCAUCCAUUGAGAAUCUUACUCAAACGUUCACAACUAAACUAGGAGAGCUCGAAGAAAAUCAAAGAACACGGCUGCAAAGAACCGCACAAGAUGUUCUAAGGGCUAUUGGAAAUUUGAACGCUAAAUUGAUGAAGUGUCAGAACAUGCUGAUGGUUCUAACAUCUAGAAGUAAAAGGGAUAAGCUUUCCAUGGACUUUCAGAAGCAUUUGAGAGAAGUAGAAGAGAAAAUAAUUAAAGCAGUUGCUCAUUUUGUGAGGACACUGAAUGAUAUGACUCCACAGUGUCGGUCAAUCAUGGCAAUAUGGAAUGAUAUUGGCUUCUAUUUAUGUAACAUCAUAGCCGUACCAGCUCAAGGGUUUUGGGUCGCAUGCUUGAUUACCGCGAUUGGGGCCUUUGCCAUAUACUCAGCCCUCGAAAGUGCAACAACGUUUUUGUUGAGCUACGAGGAAGAAAAGAUCCAGUCUUUGCAAAUAGCCAGUGAAAUAGCUGAAAAAGUUAAGAAGAAGGAAGAAUCGCCGCCGUCGCCUAAGGAACUGAUUCACCUUCAUCUGCCAGAAGCAAAAACUCAGCUUUCUGAAACCAAAAUUGAAAUGCCUGAAUCCCCACCAAAGUCGGAACCUAUUUUGCAAUCGAGCGAUGGAAAGAUUGAAUGGGUGGCUGUAGACGAUAUUGUGCAGCAGGCCUUCGGAGUACCGCCUACUGUGAAACACAUGCCUGUGCUGGUAAGAGAUCGAACUGGUAUAGCAAAAGAGGGGAAGGAGCCAAGAAAACGACAUUCCGUAAAAAGACUAGUUUGGUCUCCAGGUGGAACUGCAUUCUCUCAAGGAUCGUGGCAACCUUACAAAGAUGGUAAAAUCAAGCAAUUUUCGAUACGCGACGCGAUUAAGCCCCAGAUCACACAACCAGAACGCCAUAUCCCACAAUCACAACCCAAAGUUGUAGAGCGUCAAAUCCUACAACCAGAACCGAAAACGGUUCCAGAACGACCAACACUUCCAAAGCAAACAGCGGUACCAGAACGUCAAAUCCCACAGCCGAAAGCGAUCACCACCCCUGAGAUAAAGGCAAAACUGGCUGAGGAACCUACAUUCGUUGUGAGAACAGCCGAAGAAGCAGAAGAUGAGGACUUUGAUCUAUAUGAAGGCGGUCCUGGAAAACAGCGAGCGGUUGAAGCUGUACUACGAGACGAGGAAGAACGUAUGAUACCAGCAUCUCCAGACAUGAAGCUUGCCGAUGUAGAGCAAGAGGCAUACAUACCAGAGUAUCAAAAGUCACUGCCACUUACACCUACUGGGGAAAGCAAAGACUCAAAAGUAGAAGAUACAUUGGACAAAAGUCAAAAAGCCAUAAAGGACAGUGUGCCAGAUCAGCAGGCAUAUCGUGCGAGCUUGACUUCACCCAAGUUCACCCCAGAAAGCAAGGCAGCAACAUUAGAAGAAACUUCUGAAAAAAGUCAAAAAGUUAAAAAAGCUGUUGCUUUGCAAGAAGAUUCGGGAGCGGCUGUAACACACAGCGAAUCAGACACUUUUGUUGAGAGUAGAAUACCCGCCAAAAAGUCCCCCGAUACACAGAAGGCUUCUCCGGCGGUUCGGAGCUCCACCCUGGAAAAGAAAAGCAAAGAACAAGUCAAAAAAGCUGAGAGCAAGCCACAAGAGAAGGAAAUGACUAGAAAAGUUGUGCCUCCCAAAAAACCCUCAGGUAAAAAGGAGACGAGCAAAAUCAAGACAAGCAAGCAUCAGAAAGAGAAGAAAGAAAUGAAAGUUGACAAGCCUGUGAAACACGGCUCCAAGGAAUCCGAGAAAAAGCAGUUGAAGCAAAAGACCGGAAAGGCUUAG